GCCGCCCCUGCGCCAAGUUUCUUCUGCGCUUCCAGUAUACGUGGAAGUACCAUCCCACCUUCUCGAGGUACCUGUCUUCUGCUGAGUGGUCAACCGUCGGUAGUCACAGAGUCGCCUGCGUUCAAUGAACCUGUAUUUACCAUGUAAUAAAAAAAUAGCAAUCAAAACAAAAAGAAAACCGGCAAAAUUUUCCGUAUGGCGAAUAAAAUGUUAUCCGAAAAAUAAAUUCGAAUGGUACCGUGUCACAGAACAUAAGUGUUAGUGAGUGUUUGAGGAAGAAAGAAAAUAACAGUAUCCACCCAAAUUAAUGUCCAGCACGUAGUAACUUAUACGAAAUUCUAUUGACAUGGCAGCACCGCAAGAUUCCAAAAAGAAAAGCAUCUUCUGGGCCUACGUUUGUUGGCUUUUUGGAGGCAUUUUUGGCUUGCAUUUAUUUUAUUUGGAAAGAGAUGUGCAUGCCUUUCUUACGUGGAGUAGUUUUGGAGGUUAUGGAUUGGGAUGGUUGGCUGAUAUCACUAAAAUUCCAAGAUAUGUCAAGGACUAUAACGAGGAGCCAAAGUACAUAGCGGAGCUAGUGGAGCGCAUGAAAUCUUAUAAAAAGCCUCCAUUUUCAACCAGCAGAUUUAUUUCUGCUGUAAUGGUAGCAUAUUUAUGGGGUCAAUUGGUGAUGUUAGCAAUUCCUGCCGAUGAAGUAGCAGGAAUAAAUUUCAACCACUUACAUUGGAUAAUUCCAUUGGCUGUAGCCCUAGGUGUUUGGACAGUUGGCAAUAUUGGUCGCGAGCAAGGCAAGCCAUGGCUAACAAUCGUCACCUCCUACAUAGCAUACACAUCCAGAUGGUACUUCCUGGACGAUAGCAUCUGGAUGCUGAUCCUUGUGACUUGCACCGCUCUUGUCUUCGACAAUGGUUCCAAAGAGUGGCGUAGGAAACCGCGCAAGAAACAGACUUUUUGUACCCGCGUUACUGUACUAUUCGUGUGCGGACUCUUGUACGCGGGUGUGUGGUCUUCUUAUCUGUACUUUAACGGCACAGUUACCGAUUCCAAUGGAGAUGAAAUACCGGUACACGAAGCUAUACAUCACUUCUUUACAUCACCUUGGUGGACUGACUUGAAGCAGUCUUUGAAUGAUAUUUAUGUUUAUGCACAACAUCACGGGUGGUACGAGAUUUGGAAACAAAUAAUUGAGCUCUCGGAUCCGCAAGGAGAGCAAAAUGCCUACAAGGUUUUGGGAGUAGGUCCCUCCUCUAGCCAAUCGGAGAUAACCUCCAAAUGGAGAACGCUAAGUAGGGAAUUCCAUCCAGACAAAGUUAAAGAUCCUGACCAACAAAGAGAAGCACAGGAGAAAUUCAUGGAGAUUCAACAAGCUUACGAAAUUCUGUCAAAAAUCAAAAAUAAGCGAAAACGAAAAAACAAGCAGUCAGUUAAUGAUGAACUUUAAUUUAAUAGUGUGCAAUUUAGUGGGAAAUUUAAUGUCAUCAUUUUUCAUCACCUACUCUAUAGAGGUUUUA